AUGCUAGACAAAGUUGUAGGCGAUCAGGAGGGUCUCCAAAAGCGGAGCUACACAUACAAAUCGGGGGCUGUUUAUGAGGGAACCUUUCAAGGCACGAAGCGACACGGACGAGGGCACUGGAAGCACCCAAGCGGUGAGGUGUAUGAGGGUGAGUACGUGGACAACAGGCAGGAAGGGCUCGGUGUAUAUUACUUUAGCGAGUCUGGUAAGCGCUACGUCGGUAACUGGAUGUCGGGGAAGAUGAAUGGCGAAGGAGUCUACUUCUUCUCCAGCAGCUAUACCCCUUGCUUCGUGGGCUUUUAUACUGAUGACAAAAAGUGUGGCAAGGGGUUCUAUUGCCAUGAGAAUGGUGUGGUGAUGGUGCAAGAAUACGUUGAUGGCGUGCUCCACAGCGAAUCUGAAGCAACGCCGGUUCAGCGUGUAGAGUGCAUGAUGAGUAUAGAUAAUCUACUAGAAGCGGCUCGCGCUGUCGCCCCCAAGACAUUGGGUGAGGCCCCGGCCGCAUUGUGUGAACGUACCUUUAAGUUACCAUCCGGCGCAACGUACUGUGGCCAAUACAGCGGUUCGAAGAAGCAGGGUGUGGGAUACUGGGAGCACCCCGAGGGUGACUGGUACGAGGGUCAGUUUGAACAGAACAAACACCACGGCUGGGGCGUGUACGUUGUGGGCCGAAGCGGCAAGAAGUAUGUGGGACAUUGGCGAGACGGAAAGAUGGACGGUGUUGGGGUGUACUUCUUCAAUCCCCAAGAAACAGAGUACUUUAUUGGCUCAUACCGACAGGAUGUAAAGCACGGACGUGGGUUGUACCACUUUGCGGAGAGCGGUAGCAAUAAAAUUCAGUUGUGGGCAAAUGGAGAAAUCGUGGAGGAGCUGGUGGAGGACGAUGGUGCUGUACAGAAGUAUCACGAAGCGAUGAAGCGUGUAAUAGAGAUCACAAGAGCUGUUGCCCCCAAAUACUUUCCUCUUACUGUCCGGUGA